AUGGCACCCUCGAAUGUCUUUUCCUACCUCAGGCCCGGCCAUGGCAAGCGCAAUGCUUCGGGCUCCUCCACCAUCGCUUCGCCAGAUCCCGCAGUCGCCGAUAUAACCUCUCCCAAUUUCGCCCCGCCCUCCGUCCAGUCGCCAGAGUACUUCACGUCGCCGCGCAUACCUGACAAUGCGAGCUUCGCAUCUGCGUCCCCCGUAUCGCCCUAUCCUCCCCAGCUUCCACCAAUCCCGCGCGUUGCAUCUCGAGUGAAGAAGAAUGGGCCAAGGCCCAGCCUUGCCAGUCCCCAGUAUUCGCAUGGAUCAACGGGAGCGGUGUCGUCACCCGUCGUGGAGGAGAGAAGUUUCCUCUCCCCUACUCAGCUUCGGCGCGAACAACUGUCUCCGGGACUCGAGAGUUUGCGCCCGUCUUCCAGAUCAACGAACGCCAGCUCCAUCACCGGCCUUCGUUCUCCGGGACAAAAGACACCGCCAGCGUCAUCCUCGUCGUUCCUUUCCCCCACCAACAUGUCGUACUCGACGAACUCCAGAUCUCAGACAUCGCUCGGGAGCGGGACGAGUGACAAGCUAUCAAAUAACCAAAUGGCGACACCCCCACCCACAGCACCGGCAGGGAGGUCCACCAAAUCCCGGCUCAACAUCAGGAAUCCCAUGUCAUUGCUGAUGCGUCGAAGGUCCGGACCGGCGCUGGACCCUCUAUCAGACGAAGCAAUUGUCACCCAUCGAAACCCCUCCACGAUCGUCCCACCCAUGUCAGACAACUACGAUCCCAGUAUCCGUGGCCGUAUCGUGCAUGACUUCAGCGCGCCGCGCCAGAACCGGAACUUUUCUCACAACAAUGCAUAUGGAGGCAGUGACCAGGCGCAAGUCGAUAAUGGUGUAGAGUACGGUCGGCAGAGCCCUGCCAAAGUAGAACGGGAGCAUACACCCGUGUUCCGCGAACAUUUUGACGAUGACACCAGCUACGAACAGUCACAAGCCGCCAUCAGAGCAGAGCAGCUAGCGAAUAAGGGCUUCAUCGCCAGGAACUCAUGGCAACCACCGCCGGAGAGGAAUUCAUGGAACUCGCCCUCUGCUAAAUCGCCUCCACCACCACCUCCACUCCCGAAAGACUCGCCUCCCCCUCCUCCAAGACAGCAACCCCAAUCUCCGCCACCAGUCAUACAAGAAACUGCCGUGGAGUUCGAAUCUUCGAUACUGUCCCCAGUCAUGGAGACUCCCACAAUGGCCGAUGCACCCACCGAGAUCUCGCCCAGGAAAAGGAAGUCAACCAAAACACCGCCUCCAGCAAGGUCGAGAGCUCCGUCGCUAUCAGACCCAUCAUUCAUACCCGCUGGUUUACCAAAUCACCUCACAAGUCGAGCGUCUAGAUUCAGCUUCCAGAUCGCCGGCACGGACAACUCGCAAGAGAAGGAGUUGGAGGAUAGACACAAACAGAAAGCGGCGGAGAAGGCAUCCAAGGAGAUCCGCAUGUCUACAAAUUCAAUGGACGACGCCUACGACGAUUACGAAGAUAUGGACGACUUUGACAUGGACGGCGGUUAUGAAGAGGAGAUCCCAAUGCUCGGCGAUGACGACGGCUAUGGCGAUCCGACGAUGGCCCCAGGUAUGGGUGGCUUUGACUUUUCCUCACUUUCAAUAAACGCAAACAACCCAAUGAGCCCUCUCGGAAUGGCUGGGGAGCCACAAACGCCGUACGACGCCAAUGGCAAUGUAAUUGGCUUCGCGCUGUCAGAGAGCAUGACACAGAACAUGCACAUACCUGGUGUCGGGUAUAAUCUGAAUCAAAUAAACGCGCCCGCAGAUGCAGUUCACGGCCUCGGUAUAGUCGAUGCUCACCGAGGGCUUGAGGCGGAAGCGAAUGAUGAGUCACCGGAUGACACCAGUGCUGCUGCUUCAAAUAUGCUGGGGUAUGAGGAUGAUCUGGGUGAUGAUAUGUAUUUCGAUGAUGGUAUGAUUGAAGAACAGGGAGACAUGGAUGCUGGAGAGUUUGAUGAAAACGUAUUCGACGACCCAACGGGUCCUCUUUUCGACCGAAAAGUCAAGUCGCCAACCGAAGAGCAAUUACUUGAUAAUGCAGCUCUGUCAUCACAACUACCAGCCGAAGCCUCCUUGGAUGCUGGCUACGAGGCAGACGAUGACUUGACACGACAGAUAAACAAAUCUGAACCGUCCCUCGCUCACAAAACAUCCAUGGCUCAUCAAAGGCCAACUGUAGACUUCAGCAACAUCAAUACGUACCACAGCGCCCUGGCCGACGCCGCCAACCGUGCUGAGGCAGAGGGUCGAUUCGCACGCAAGCCAAGCAUUGACAGUGCACAUCCACCCUCUGAGAUGGACGAUGCAUCUUCCCAGAGUGGUUCACGCCCGAGCCUUAUCCCAGAUGACGGCCGCUUCAGCCAAGAGACCGCAGGCUUUCCACAUGACGAUGACCUAUACGGCGUAAGCUCUGGUUUCAUGGACGAUUACGACUACAGCGACUACGAUUCUACCCUCGAAGAUGACCCCAUGAUUGCUGCUGCCAAUGCAGAAGCACUUGCGAAUGAUUACGAAGGCUUCUAUGGACAGGAGUUUGGAUUCUACGCGAAUGCACAGGGAGACACGAUGAAUACUUAUGGUGGUUUCUUCGGCUCGUCUGGCUUGGGCCGCAGUGUAAGUGGGCGGAACGCAGUCCGAGAGCCAAACCUGACACCUAUUACCGAGCGGAGUGAAUACAGUACCCGCAAUUCUUUCAUCAGUCUGAAUCAUUUCCGGGAUAGUCAACAGCCAAUUCAAAGUCCUGGACUGGCACAACUGGCAAGAAUGAGUCCCUAUGGCUGGAGAGAGGAGGAGCCAGACAUGAGCCUGGAUUCCCUGAUGAAGCUGCGCAAGGGCACAUUCGGUGGCAGUACGGCCAGUCUGGGUGGUACACCUAGCUCGACGGGCAACAGUCCUAGGAAUUCGAGUCCGAUGGGCAUGCAAUUCCUGCCGCGAACGUCCAGCCCGCUGCCCAACAACACCGUCUCACAUCCUGAUUCCUCGGAGGUGCCUGAAAGCGACGAUUCGGGUGGUAUAGACGAUGGGUACGAUGAUGACGUUCUAGAUGCAAUUAACGACAUGUCGGGAGAAUAUUCGGAUGAGGAGGAUGAUCCAAAUAUGACCAAGCCCGAAAGUCCUACCCUGACCGCAAAGGAAUGCUCUUCAUUAUCGAGUCUCCCGUUGUCCUCCGAUAGGGACGACAUACCUCCAUUGCCGCAGAUACUGCCUCUACACCCGCACGCCCCCAGGAUGGCAGUCUCGUCACCUCUCGCAAACGUCCCUCUUCAAUCGUCACCACCAACGAUGCCCCUUCCUUCUCCACCACUCCCCCUGAAUGUUCACACAGGCCAUCAAUCGGCAUCCACCUACUCACCCUCUGAUCCUCAGUCCAUCGACCUGAGUCUCCCAUCGCCACUAGCAUCAGCCUCAGCCCAGCACCGCGGCUCUUUCGGCCUCAUCUCGCCCAUCUCGACAACAUCCCCAAUGACGCCCGGCGGCUCCACGGGCUGGAAAGCCGGACACAGCCGCAAGGGCUCCGACAGCGUCACCUACGUCCGCGAGCACGACGAACUUGGCGGCGACCGCUGGGUCCUCGAGCGUAGGCGUACAGCGGAAAGCGGGGAGCUAGAACUGAUCGGCAGGGAGAUCGUCGAGGGCGGAAGGAUCUAA